AUGGCCGACUCUUGUGACACUGAGCGAGACAUUUCAGCAGAUAGUGCAGAUACGAAAUUUAGGCCGCCAUCACUGGGUUGCGACGAUCAGGAAGCAAGUUCAUCGACACUGAAGGAAGUUGAUAAUGUGGCAUUACUUUCUCUUAAAAGCGGUAUUGAAAAGAAUUAUCUUGCUGAUGUUUAUAAAGCAAAGUCAAAAGUGAAUGAACUUGUCCACAACCAAGACGUGCUGAGAGAAUCUAUUCAGCAAGAGAUGACAAAUUUGAAUGAAUACAAAUUGACUGAGGAUAUAACUGAAUUUGUAAAUGAAUUAAAAAAGUAUCAUUUUAAGCUUAAAAAUAUAGGCAAAGACAUUAAUUACAUCAAUGAAAAAGUAUCAAAAAUGAAACGGCAAGCAUCAAAAUUAAAAGCGAAUAAAGAAAAAGAGGAAAUGCAGGUUGAAGAAAGUAAACGAAAGGAGCGGGAAUUGCAGAGACAUUUGACAGCAAAGCCUGCUGCUGAUUCUCUAAGUAACUGA